CACACGAGUAGACGUCUAGCUUGUGAGUUGACAUCGUUGGUGGCAUUAAUAUGUUUUCCUGUGUAUUUUAGUAGGAUAAUUCAUUUUAAACAGGUAGUGAUGAAAACCGAGGAAGAAGGAAAGUCUCAGUUUUACACCUGUAACUGUUUCACGACUGAUAAUAUUUUCCUGAACGACUACAAACUCCAUGUUCGCUUUGAGUCGGAGCAGCAGUUCAGACUGGACUAUCAUGCUCUGCUGAGGAGGCUGGGCUGCGGUACGGACCAACAGUUUGAGGAUGUGCUGCACGAGGUUUCACAGGAAGUGGACAGGCGAAGGCGUCUCAGUGUGACGUCUGCUGAGAGAGCUGCUGUUAUAAAAGACGUUUACCAGCCGCUCCAUCCUCAUGUCUACCAUCUGCAGGAGUCUUACCUCACUCCGAAGUUCAGGCAGAUUGUCGAGUUGUGUCGAAGCAGCGACCCCAGUGAACACAGCCUCUUAGGCUUGUUGGAGGAGGAGGCAGCUCCACAGGUGUAUCGCUUCCCUGUGUUUGAGAAGAGCUUCUGUGAGGAGCUGGUGGAGGAGCUGGAGCACUUUGAGCAGUCUUCAGCCCCUAAAGGAAGACCCAACACCAUGAACCAUUAUGGGAUCCUCCUGAAUGAACUGGGUUUUGACGAGGGAUUCUUCACGCCUCUCCGUGAGCAGUACCUACACCCGCUCACCUCCCUGCUGUACCCAGACUGUGGGGGCCGCUGUCUGGAUAGCCACAAGGCCUUUGUAGUCAAAUAUGACAUGAAUGAAGACCUGGACCUGAGCUACCACUACGACAAUGCAGAGGUCACCCUUAAUGUUUCGCUGGGGAAGGAAUUCACGGAGGGAAACCUUUAUUUUGGUGACAUGAGACAGGUUCCUUUAAGUGACACAGAGUGUUCAGAGGUUGAACACAGGGUGACCGAGGGCCUCCUCCACCGGGGCCAACACAUGCACGGGGCCCUGCCCAUCGCCUCCGGCCAGCGCUGGAACCUCAUCAUCUGGAUGAGAGCGUCGCAGGAACGCAACAAACUGUGCCCCAUGUGCAACAGGAAGCCGACACUGGUGGAGGGAGAGGGCUUUGCUGACGGGUUCACCAAACACUCUAACGCCUCACUCAACGUUUCCUGUGUGCUGACGUAGUGUAUCCAGCUGUUACAGGUCUUUUAUAAAAGACACUAUGUAAGAUUGAAAUUUGCGAGUUUGGCUUCCCCAGGUGUUUUCGAAGAGGAUACUGACAGAUAGCGUUGCAGGCUGCUCCCUCCUGCUGAUGCUGUAGGAAAGAAGAUUUUUGUUCAUCCGAUCUAAAUUGUCUGGGGAUGCAGUUGAAUAGACAGAUAUGCUGCUGUGGUUUCAUGGCUGUAGAGUUAACCAAGAUUACACUGGGUGACAGUAGAAAAACAUUAAUUCUAAUGACACAUUUUUACUGUAUUCCAAAUUGGAAUGAUUAAUAUUUAUUAUUUGUACUAUUAAAAAGAUAGUGAUAUUACUAUAACUAUAACUUCAGACUUUCAAUUUAGUUUCCUAUUGAUCCAGUUAUAUUAAAAAAAAAAACACACUGGUCACACCCCUGUGUUUAUGUACAAUGUGAUUGUUACUUAUGCCAAAGAUUAUUUAGAGAAGGUUUAUUUUAAAAUAAGGGCUUUGCCGAUCUUUUUCUUUACUUAAACUGAGUAUUGAUCUAAUUCAGGGGGGAGGGACAGGAGUCACAAAUUAGCAAUAGCUAUAAAGUGUUUGUGCAACACAUCAGUUUUGCUCUGUUUUGAAAUGUUAAAUUGCAUUCUCCCUAUCAAAUAAAUAAACUAAAACUAAACAAAAAAAUGUGUCCUCUUUCCCUAAAUCUAAAAUUACUAAACCACUUAUUUUUUUAAAAACAAAAAAAACAAAUUGUCCUUUUUGUAUCAGGUAACAUAAGGUCAGGGUUGCAGUGGCACUCAAUUAAAUGAAAUUAGCAGGAACAUUUAAAUGCACCCUGUGGACACUAGUAGUGCUACAGAGCACUGUAUUUAUCAGUGGAUCCCUGUUUUAUUUGUAGCAUGCACAAAAAUUAAAUGUCAUACACAUAAAGGCUGCUGGCUUCAUACUUUUCCAAGAAGUGAGGCAGUGUGCCAACAAAGGCAAGACUGCAAGCUAGCAAACAGAUGUAACCAAUGCAGGAUUUGAAUAAAUUAAAAAUUUUGGCUUUGCGAAUGUUUUAUGAGAAAGGAAAUGCAUUCAACGCAUAACUUUUGUUUGUAUAAGAAAAGUCCACAGGAAACUUGAAUUCUAUAAUUAAAUUGUUGAUGAGUCAUAUCUGGCCAAUACUCAACUUUUGCAAGAUAACAAUAUAGAAAAUAGUUGAUCAGAUCUCUGGAUUAGGAAGAAUGGAAAUGAACAUAUAUUUCUGAUGAUCUGUAUUUCUCUUUUGACACAGCCAGGACAGAUUUCUCAGUUCUGCUACAGAAUGGAUAAAAGUCACCAUGUUCAACUUAAGACAACACACAUAAUUUGGAAUAAUAGUAUUUUAAUUACAUACAUUAUAUCUAUCAAUUCAUGAAUAUCCAUCCUGUGUGCAUUUGUUUUUUAUUGCCAUAUGAAUUUAGUGUUGUGCUGAGAGUUAAUUAUGUUCUCGUACAAAGUUGUGGAGAGUAAAAACAAACAUGAACAUGUUACGCUACAUCUUGCAAAAUAAAGUGAUGCUUUUCAGCAACAUCACAACAUCAGGACUUUUUGGUUGUUUCUUUUUGUUCCUGGUAAAUGUGCCAAUGCUGAGAGUUGAACUGGAGGGAAACAGGGAAAAGGAGAGCUGGUUCUCUGGGAUCAGAGGCACACUGCAGCAUAUUCAAACACACACCAAAACACAAAUUUGCAAAAGCUAACGUACA